AUGUCUGACAAAGGAGCCGGAAAGAAAAUCACCAAGGGACCAUCGCCGGGAAUCAUGUCAGUUGAGGAGUACCUCAAGGAGACGGAAACCCAGCAACCUGCGAGCGAGCAGCCUGCUCCGCAAGCUGGAGGUGUUGGUGGGCAGGCCAGCGAUGUUCUCACUAGGCGGCAGCUGCUGAACGCUCCUCUAGAGCGCCGAGCUGCUGCUCAAUCAGCUCCACCAACUUCUGCCCUCUCUCCCACUCAAGCCAUUGCGCCCUCCCACGACACAACUCCAGUUCCAGCCCCCUCUCUUUCGAAUGCUGGCUCUCCUUCGCUCAUUGCCUCGAGUCUCGCUACAACUGGAAAAGGAUUGACUCCGAAGUCGGCAACCGGAGGUCUACUCGGUAGCAAAUGGGCUGACUCAGGAGAUGACGUCCCGGGGAGUACCCCUCAAACUGGCAUCACUGGAACGUUUCAUCCAGGCCUUAACUCUCCCCCAAACGCACCAGAUCAUGCACCUCGUCCACAGGGUGCGGAUUCGCGGUCUUCAACUCCCCUGCAAUUCCCAUCGCUUUUGUCACUCGGCCCCGCAUUACCGACUAUCCCCGGCCAGUCCACUCCCCAGCAGCAAUCGCCGCCGUCAAACCAGCCCAGCCAGCAGACGCCCAGCAGAGCCCAGAUUGCCGGUCAAGCAGCUCGCGCCAGGAUGGCUGAGCUAACCCAGGGUCAGGGCGGUCUCGCAGCCUCUAGAUAUAGCAGCGACCAGUUGCCUCCUAGUGGGCCCGGAGGACGAGCACGAGGCCGUGGUCGCUGUCGUGGUCGCGGAUCUGGUCCAGCCGGCCACUACUCCGACCUUGAUCCAUCCCUGAGGUUGGCGCCCGAAGGCCAGCUCGACUAUGGAGGACAGGAGCAUGUCUCAGUCCCGGCCUUUGGUAGUUUUUCCCAGCUUCUUCCGGAACAACAAGUGAAUGAAGAGACUCGCCAGGCACGUGAGGAAGCGGAGCGCCAGCGCUUGAACCAGCUCUUCGUGUGCUGGGUCCCGCGAGCCGGCGAAUUCUUCAAGAUUUACCGGCAGCUGGAUCUGAGCGAGCGGGAUGUGGCAGCGAUCAAGGAGGCGAUUGCUGAGUACCACGUCGAGCUUGCGGAGGCGACUGCUCAGGGACGGACGUACCGCCCGCCGUGGCAGCCGAUGAGCCCUGAGCCUGCUGCUCAACAAGCGGUGGAGGCUCAGUCAGGUACGGCUCAGGAAUCAAAACCAACAGAAGGAGAGAAAGAUCAAGAUGCCAAGCAGCCUGUCGACAACAGUGAUCCAUUUGGCCUUGGCCUCGGCGAAAGCUCUCUGCCAGAGAAGGACAAAGGGGGCGGUGACACCUCGAAAGUAGGGGAUGAAACUAACCUGGGGCUUCUGGACUGA